AUGCAGAAAUUCAUCAUCAUCGCCGCGAUCCUGGGCAUCAAAUUGACAAACGCCGUCAAAUUUGUUGCCCAGAUCAGCGACACUAAAGCUGUGAGUGAGAUCUUCAGUCAAAAUUUUGAGCAAAUGAACGGAGAAAAAGGAAUAGGUGCCAUCAAUAUUGGUAAGUCCUUUCAGGCAAUCUAUGGCGACUUCCCAGACUCGAUAUUGGAGGCCAUGUACUACGAUGGGCGUAUAAUGGCCAUGUCUAUGGAUCGGAAGCUGACAGCUGCCGAAUACGUGGUUCAGGCAAAUGCACCACCACAUUUGGCGCGUUUGUCGCAGAAGGCUCCUUUGCUCAAGAGCGACACCACGUUUAUCUAUCACUCCAACGCAGGCAUCGGCGUUGACGUGUAUCUCCUUGACACCGGAAUUGAUGCGAAAAAUCCCGGUUUCGAAGGCCGGGUGCAGAAAGUGGCCGAUUAUGCUACAGGUCUUGCGUUUGAAGGUGAUCCACAUGGACACGGAACUGCUGUUGCCGGUGUCAUUGGCUCCGCACAGUUCGGUGUAGCCAAGAAAUGCAACCUUUUCGACGUAAGAAUCGGCGAUGCUGAUGGUACUGCCUCUUUGAUAAGCACUUUGAGAGCUCUCGAACAUGCUACCAAGCUGGCAGCCGUUACAAAUAGACCAUCGUUAGUGGUAAUACCUUACACGAUGGAGAAAAAUGUGGUUCUCAAUUCGGCACUAGAGGCAAUCGUUCGUGAUUUAUCAAUUCCAGUAAUUGCAGCUGCCGGUAACACCAACCAGAGUGCUUGCAGUAUUAGCCCUGCUAGCGCAUAUGGGGUAUUGACAGUUGGAUCCAUUGAUGUUACAAAAAAUGACCAGCUUGCUCCAUUUACUAACCAUGGGGAAUGUGUGGAUGUUUUCGCCGCCGGUGUACGUGUUCCAAGUGUUGGAUUAGACUCGUAUUCUGAGAUUCAGAGGAGCGGCACCUCUAUGAGUACUGGAAUUGGAUCUGGUCUCGUGGCUUAUUUUAUGAGUCUUGGAUUUUACGGAAUGGAUGCUGUGAAUAGAGUCAAAAGUCUAAGCGUAUCAGGGAUAAUCCCAAAUAUGGCCCAACAGUUGCCUUCGACAAGAAACUCUAUUAUGCAGAAUAUGUAG